GCUCAACGGACUUUUAGUUUCGUUUCGAGCUUCGACUCUGCCGGUUGUGAGGCGGCUGUUUUCGUGCGUGAUCUUUGUGAAAAGGUAAUAGAUUAGAGUCAUGUUGCGUGCCAGUCUGGGACUGCUCCUCCUGUGGGCACUGGCUGCCCAGGGAAACGAUAAUCUCCGCGUGGCCUACGAAUGGCGGGAGAUGGACUUCAAGUACGCCAGUCCGGACCAGAGGUGGUCGGCCAUCGAACGCGGCGAGUUCAAGCCGGCCAAUGUGAUACCCUUCGGCCUGGAGGUGGCCGGUCAUCGCCUCUUCGUCACCCUGCCCAGAUGGCGGGCCGGAGUGCCGGCCUCGCUGGGAUACCUUGAUCUUAAUGACACUUCCAGUAAGAUGCCCGCUCUGAAGCCCUUCCCUAGCUGGCAGGCUCAUAGUCAGCUGGAAACAGAACCGGAGUUGGUCUCUCCUUUCCGUGUGAAAGCCGAUCGAUGUGGCCGACUCUGGGUGCUGGACUCUCGUAUCUCCGGGGUUUUGGACAAGACCAGAAUAUAUGGAGCACCUCAGCUGCUGGUCUACGAUUUGCACAAUGACGAUCUGCUGAGACGACACGUUCUUCCCGCCGAUCAGGUGAAGCAGGCCUCUCUGUUUGCCAAUCUGGCGGUGGAGGAUUCUGACUGCGAGAACAGCUUCGCCUACGCUGCGGAUCUGGGCAAUCCUGGCCUGGUGGUGUACUCAUGGAAGGACCAGGAGUCGUGGCGAGUCCAGCAUCACUUCUUCCACCCGGAUCCAUUGGCCGGUAACUUCAGCAUCAAUGGCAUUGAUUUCCAGUGGGACGAUGGCCUGUACGGUCUGACUCUCUCAAAGCCCUUGGAGUCGGGCUACUCCACACUGUACUUCCACCCACUUUGCUCGACCAUGGAGUUUACUGUGGAUACGGGAAUACUGCGAAACAAAACCCUGGCCACAUCACCUGAGAUUUAUCGCGAGUUCAAAGUCCUGGGCUCCAGAGGAAGCAAUACCCAGGCUGGGGCUGAGUUCCUGGACCCUGACACGGGUGUCCUUUUCUACACUCUGCCCAAUCUCAAUGAAGUGGCCUGUUGGCGCACAGCCACUGAUUUUACCCACAACUCCCAGAGCCGCAUCUACAUGAGCAACGAGUAUUUGGUGUUCCCAAGUGACGUCAAGGUGGACGACCAGAAACGCCUGUGGGUCCUGUCCAAUCAGCUGCCCGUGUUCAUUUACGAUGAGCUUUACGCCGGUUCCAUUAAUUUCCGAAUUCUAACUGCUAGCGUCAAGGAGGCCAUCGAGAAUACCGCCUGCGAAAUCAGAACCUCCCCUCUGCCGGAUAUAAUUAACAAGUUUGGUGACAUUCUCAACACCAACAUUAAUUUGAAGACAACUUCGGGAGCUUCCCUCUUGGGAGUGAGCUCUCUAGUUGGUCUUAGUUUGCUGAUGAGCUUAAGAAUCUAGGUCUAAGUAUCGUAACACACACUCAAAUUAAAUAUUUUCAGAUUUUCAUUAGUUUGAAAUAGUCUUUUAAGAAAACAAAAAUAGUAGUUGGCAAUUGUUACAAGUUUUAUAAAGAUAUUUCAGAUUUUUUGGAAGUGAAAAAAUAUAAAGUAACGUUAAAUGUUUCUAAAAUAUACGAAAUACAUUUAUUUGAGUGCAGUUGUAUUGUAAGAAGUUAUAGGCUAAGAAAAUUGUAACGUUGUUUGUAUGUAAUGUUGAUUAAAUGUAAGAAGUGAA